UCUAACCAGAUCUGAGAACUUUGCUCGCCUUCCAGAAGUUUCUUGGAUGUCAAAAGCAGACACUCUCCACAUUUCUCUCAUUUUAUAAGGUAACUUAGAAACUAUGACUCUAAGGUUAGUUGGGUUGUCUAGCUCCUCUAGGUGGUUAAUGUCCUGCAUUGCAUUGUUACAACCAGUCAAAAAGAGAGAGUAGCUAUGAAGAGCUCUGGCAUCGUCUGCUUUAACCUGUGACCAGUUUACAGCUCUAUUCAGACACAACAGCGACACAACUGAACACGAAGAGUCACCUGCAGGAGUAAAACAUGGCGUUUGUUUCCCAGAGAGAGACGAGCGACACUUAUACUUUCUCCAGCCGCCCCAGAGUCGUGGAGAACAGGAGCCGAUACCGAGAAGCGCCGCCGGAGCAGCCUCACUAUGGAAACAUCAUGUACGACCGCCGCGUGGUCAGAGGGAACACCUAUGCCCAGCGCAUCCUGCCCACUACCACACAAGCGGAGUUGGCAGAGAUGCAGAGGCUGCAGGAGCAAAGGAGGAAAGCUGUGGCCCGGAGAAGAGCUCGUGAUCAGGUCCGAGUGAGGACUCCAGAGCCUCUGCAGGGCCGGCAGCACACGGACGUCCAGACUGAGCUGUACCUGGAGGAGCUGAGUAACACAGUGAUGGAGAGUGAUGUCCAGUGUCAGACAGACUCCUUUCUGGACAGACCGGUCACUCCUCUAUUUGUCCCUGCCAAAUCUGGGGUGGAUGCGGAAACUCAAAUCCAGGAAGGAGAGCUAUUUGAUUUUGACCGGGAGGUGCAGGGCCUCCUGGAGGUGCUGGUGGGAAAAGUUAUGGAGCAGUCUCUGUUGGAGGUGAUGGAGGAGGAGGAGCUGGCCUCUCUGCGCGCUCAGCAGAGAGAUUUUGAGGAAAAACGAAACGCUCAUCUGUGUGAAGUUCAGAGACUGCAGGAGCAAGAGCGGAGGCACACGGAGGAGAAGGAGAGAAGAAUCGCACAGCAGAAGGAAGUCUUGAAGAGAGAAAAGGAAAUCGCUCAGAAGAUCGCAGCUCGCGCAUACACGCAGCAGCACCUCGCCAACCUCGUCCCGUCCAUCUUCAAGUCUCUGCGGUGUCACGGCUUCUUCGUGGACACAGUGCAAACCGAUGUUGAAACUAAUUUCUUGCCCUGGCUGAUGAAAGAAGUUCACUCCACUUUGGACAAGAAGUACGCAGCUAGAUCUGUGCUGGACGAUAUAAUAAACGAGGUGAGACUGAAGCGGCUUCCUGAAGGGACAAAACCUUAGAGACAUCUAUGGAGAAAAAAUGCAUCAAGGUGCUGUAACAGGCCAAGACUCAAGACCUGAAGACCUGCAAGUGGCGAGAUUUAAUCUGUUUGUAUUUCACUAAUAAAACUACUGCACAUCUCAUCAGGUUUGUGAAGCUGUGAUGAAUGUUUUGUAUCAUGCAUUUUUUAUAUUUAUGGAUAAUUGUCUUGUGUGGGAGCUUGGAUAUCAUAAAUUUGUGGGAGGAGCAUUGGACGAACUUUAUACUUCACUCUCUAUUUUAAUACAUAGUUCUGGUAAAGUGUCUUCAACUAUGACAGAAAUGGACACUAAUUAUAG